AUGGCAAAGCCUGGAGGCCUGGAGGAGGAAGCUGCAGAUGUCUGCGGCAGGAUGUGCCCGCUUCUCCGAGAGCGCUUACACCGGCAGCUUCCAGGAGCCUGGCGCCUUUACACUUGGACUGAGGGGCAUUCCCGGGAGCCCGGGAGCCUCGCCUUGCAGGUGGCCUGUGAUGGGACUUCUCAGCCCCCGCAGCUGCACGAGCUAAUCUCCCUAAUAAGCCCUCCUCGGGUCUCUCCCAUCCGCCAAGCCCCAGUGCACUGGCUUCGGGGGCGACAGCCCCGCUGGGAUCUCAAAGGACCUGAGACCCGGGACAAGGAUGUGCUAAGCAGAAACAGCCACAGGAAGGAGCAUGGUCUCCCCGUCACCUGGACCGUUGUGGGGACUCGGAAAGGUAGGGGACACGUGGUGUCCGUCCAGGCGCUAGGCACGGCGCUUCGACCCAGCCCAAAGACACAGAACUGGCUGGUCAUCAGCGACCCACAUCUGAGCUUCUCUAGUAACAAACGCACAGGGCAAGCGGGCGGGGAGACCCAGCAGGAUCGCCAGGCACUGCUGCAGCCCGCGCUGGCAUCGGGGAGCAGGCGCUCCCGCAGGAUGGUGGAGGACAGCAGGACGGGGACCCCUGGGGCCAGCCCUCCCAGGGAGCGGCUCACGCCUACCCUGGCGCUGGCCAUCCUGAGUGCGGGCCCGGGCUCCGCCUUCCAGUACGGCUACAACAUCUCCGUGGUGAACACACCACACCAGGUCUUAAAGUCAUUUUACAACCAAACCUACUUCAAGCGCCACGGAGCACCCCUGGAUGGGACCUCGCUGCUGCUGCUGUGGUCCUGCACGGUGUCCAUGUCCCCGGGCGGCCUGCUGGGGUCCCUGGGGGUCGGCCUGCUGGUGGAUCGCUGCGGCAGAAAGAGAGCCCUGCUGGUCAACAACGUCUUCGCCAGUCCCGCCAUCCUGAUGGGCGUCAGCAGCGUGGCCCGGGCUUUUGAGCUGAUCAUCAUCUCCCGGGUGCUGGCGGGAAUCUGUGCGGGCGUGGCCUACAGCGCCCUCCCCGUGUACCUGGGCGAGCUGGCCCCCAAGGACCUGCGAGGGGCACGGGGGAUGAUGACUGAGGUGUUCGUCAUCUUCGGAAUCCUCCUGGCGCAGGUCCUCAGUCUGCAGGCCAUCCUGGGCAACGCCACAGGCUGGCCAGUGCUCUUGGCUGUCACCGGGGUCCCUGCGCUUCUGCAGCUGCUAUCGCUGCCCGUCUUCCCCUAGAGCCCCCGCUACACCCUGAUUCAGAAAGGAGAUGAAGAGGCCACCCUGCGAGAUACUGCGCGCAGGCUGAGGCGCGGCGGCGACGCGGAGGCCGAGCUGCGAGACAUGCACACCGAGGAGCGGGCGGAGCGCGCCGCCGGCCCCGCGUCCCUGCGCCACCUGGUGGCCCAGCGGGCGCUGCGCUGGCAGCUCGUGUCCGUGGUCGCGCCCAUGGCCGGCCAGUAGCUGUCGGGGAUCAACGCGGUCAGUUACUACGCAGACACCAUCUGCGUGUCGGCCGGCGUGGACCCCGCGCAGUCCCAGUACGUGACCGUGGGUGCUGGUGUGGUCGACAUAGUGGUGACCCUCGUCUCGGCCUUCACGGUGGAGCGGCUGGGGCGGCGCCUCCUCCUGCUGCUCGGCUCCGGCGUCUGCAGUUGCGCAUGCCUGGUGCUGAGCCUGGCGCCGCUCUUCCAGGACGCAGUCCCUGAGCUGUCCUGCCUAGGCGUCGUCUGCGUCCUGGCGUACAUCGCGGGACACUCCAUCGGGCCAAGUCCCGUGCCCUCGGUGGUGAGGACCGAGCUCUUCCUGCAGUCCUGGUGGCCGGCCGCCUUCGCGGUGGAUGGGGUUGUGCACUGGCUCACCAACUUCAUCGUAGGCUUGGUGUUCCCGUCUAUCCAGGCCGGCCUGGGUUCCUACUGCUUCAUCGUCUUUGCCGGGCUCUGCGUGCUCACCGCUGCCUACAUCUACGUGGUCAUCCCCGAGACCAAGGGCAAGACCUUGGAGGUCAACCGCAUUUUUGCGAAGAGGAACGGAGUGGAGAUUCCAGAGGAGAAAGAGGAAGUCGCUGGAGUGGGGCAUUGCCCGCCCACCGCGCCCGCCAAGGAGACUGCCCUGUAG